CAACCGAUCCUGAUUUCGUUCGCUUCAUAAACUUAGAAAUACAUAAAUGUAAUGGUGAAGAUGGAACCUGUUUCAGCGAUGCGUAUAUAACUCUUCAAACAACAUAUGAAUGCAUGAGGAGACAGAAAACUGAUUUUCUCACUGAACGUCCAAAAUGUGAAGCGGUCGAAAUGAAUGAUAUGCUGAAUAUAAAGAUACUCGAAGAGUUUCAGGAAGGUGGAGUAGAUGCCAUCGAGAAUAACCACCAGUCGGCUGGCGUUUCUCAAUCAUUCUUGGUGUUGUUGAACUUCUUGCAUGAUAUAAAAAGACAUGAAAUUGGCAUCAGGAAACUUCUAGCCUCCAAUCCCAGCACUACAUCAAAGGACACACAGAUUAUGACUGGAUUGGCACAUCACCUGUUUUCCCAGUUGGUACCAAACAACAAGUAUGAGGUCGAUAAAUAUGCAAAACAGCUCCCUAAAACAUGUGGGUGUGGCUGCAAUGGCGAUAUUUAUGGAGGAGACACUUCAAUAGUUCCACCAGUGGGAUUGAGCUGAAACUUGCCUGAAAU